AUGGCGGGGUUUCAAACGUGCUACCCGCUCGUGAGCUGGCUCCUUGCAACUUUUCGAGGGUUUCGAACAACAUUGAGCGGAUUGCUUCUGGCAAUUAGGAGUGAAAUCCGGUUCCAUAAAAUCGAUGCACACUAUGACAAGUCAACGAUUGGUCCUGUGCCCCCUUCAACGCCAGAGAGUCCUCUAGGCAUUACCGACAAAAGUCCCUCAGCAAGUGACUUUCUUUGGAAGCACGACUCUCCCCAGAAUACCCAGAUCUGGGAGUUCCUGCAGCGGGUGAACACCAAAUACGGCAGAUCCUUCCAGACUUAUGAGGAGCUUUCCCGCUGGUCCGUCGAUAAUAUUUCGGAUUUCUGGGCCGAGGUAUGGGAAUAUUGCGGAAUUCGACACUCUGAUCCAUACAAGCAGGUUGUUGACAAUGCCGACCGGAUGUGGCCGAGGCCCUCCUGGUUCCCAGAAGCAAAACUCAACCUUGCAGAAAACUUGCUAUACCCCACACGGGAGGUUGACGAGCAUUCCUUGGCCAUCAUCGCCGUGACAGAGACCACCCGAGAAGAGGUCACAUGGAAGGAAUUGCGAGAGCGGGUUCGACAGUGUCAAGCUGGUAUGAAGGCCAUGAAUUUGCAGGUCGGCGACCGAGUUGCUGGAUUCAUCGCAAAUCAUACGAAUGCAUUGGUGGCCAUGCUUGCAACAACCUCACUCGGCGCCAUCUGGACGGCCGUAAGCCCUGAUACAGGCGUUUCUGCGGCGCUUGACCGUUUAGUGCAGAUUGAGCCAGUACUCCUGUUUGCGGAUAACGGCCUCAUGUACAAUGGCAAGAACUUUUCCGCUUUAUCGAAAGUCAAGGAGAUAAUAGCAGCACUUCCUUGCUUGACAGCCGCGAUCAUCUUGCCGACUUCACCCUCGGAGCCUACUGAUUUUGAUACACCGCGCGGAAAGACCCAGGUGAUGCCGUACAGUGAAUUUAUCCUUCCUUGCAGCAGCCGAGAAAAGCUCGAUUUUGUCCAACUCCCGGCUGAAAGCCCUGUUUAUAUCCUGUACAGCUCUGGAACCACAGGCGUACCCAAAUGCAUUGUCCAUGGAGCUAUAGGAGCGCUUCUGCAGCACAAGAGGGAGCAUGUCAUCCAGAGUGAUAUGCGCCCGGGAGAUCGACUCUGCUUUAUUACCACGUGUAUGUGGAUGAUGUGGCACUGGCUCGUCUCUGGCCUUGCAUCUGGCAUCACCGUGGUUUUAUUUAACGGGUCGCCGUUCCACUACCGAUCCGCCGAUGGGGAAUCCAUCAAGGAUAAUCUUGCGAUGCCAAAAUUGAUCGAUGAGCUUCAAAUUACCCAAUUCGGUACCAGCGCCAAAUAUUUGUCUAUUCUUGAGCAGGACGACGUGAUGCCCCGACAAUGUGACCUGACGCUCAAGACGCUCAAGGCUGUCUACUCGACAGGGUCGCCCUUGGCACCGUCGACAUUCCGCUACGUCUACAGAGCCUUCGGCCACGUAAAUCUCGGAUCUAUCUCUGGGGGGACAGACAUUAUCGCCGACUUCGGUGUUCCUUCUAUGCUGAACCCAGUAUAUGCGGGAGAGAUCCAGGUAACCAGCCUUGGCAUGUCAGUUAGAGCUUGGGACGUCGAUGGCAAUGACGUGAGUAUGACUGGAAACCCUGGAGAACUAGUUUGUGUCAGGCCUUUCCCUAGUCAACCGACCUUCUUGCUGACCAAUUCCUCUGCUCAGGUCAAAUUCUGGGGCCCAGAUGGAGAGCGAAAGUACAAGGCAUCGUACUUUAAUCGCUUUGAAGGUGUCUGGGCUCACGGUGAUUUCAUCCGUUUCAACCCGCGGACUGGCGGCCUUGUCAUGCUCGGUCGGUCUGAUGGCAUCCUUAACCCAAGCGGUGUACGCUUCGGUAGCGCAGAGAUAUACAAUCUUCUCCUGGCCCAGUUUACACACGUCAUCGAGGACUCCCUUUGUGUGGGCAGGAGGAGGGAACAAGACACCGACGAAACGGUGAUCCUAUUCGUAAAAAUGAGGGACGGCCACGAGCUGACCCCACAGCUUGUUAACGGGAUAAAGGAUGCUGUGCGGAAGGAUCUUUCUCCUCGUUACGUCCCUAGUAUCGUAGAUGCUUGUCCAGAGAUUCCAGUGACACCCAAUGGGAAGAAGGUGGAGGUUUUGAUAAAGCAGAUUCUGAGUGCGACUAACAAGAAGGUUGGAUAUAGUAGAAGUGUAUCCAAUGGUGAUUGUUUGGACUGGUACCGGGAAUGGGCGGAGAAGCAUUGA